AUGACUCCUCCCAAUGCCAUUCUUCAUGGAGGCUAUCACCACGCCUUGUCUCGUUCAUGGCAAGCCGAAAGAACACUGACAAAGGACAUGCUCAUGUAUCCCAUGUUCAUUACUGACGAUCCCGAGGCCUUUGACACCAUUGACUCACUGCCCGGUCAAUAUCGUAUUGGCAUCAACAAAUUGAACGAUUUUAUUGCACCUUUGGUCAAGAAGGGACUCAAGUCUGUCAUCCUGUUUGGUGUGCCUUUGAAGGAAGGCGUCAAGGAUGCCACGGGCACCCGUGCAGACGAUCCUGAGGGUCCUACUAUCUUGGCUAUCCAGCUCUUGCGCAAGAACUUUCCUGAUCUCUUUGUGGCAUGCGAUGUGUGUUUGUGUGAGUAUACUUCUCAUGGCCAUUGUGGUGUGUUGCGUGAGGACGGUACAUUGAACAAUGACCUCUCCAUCAAGCGUAUCGCAGAGGUCGCUGUCAACUAUGCAAAGGCUGGUGCUCAGUGUGUCGCUCCCUCUGAUAUGAUGGACGGUCGUAUUCGUGCAAUCAAGGAAGGAUUGAUGGAAUCUGGCUUUGCACACAAGGUCAUGUUGAUUUCCUACUCUGCCAAAUUUGCUGGCAGCUGGUACGGACCCUUCCGUGAUGCCGCUAAUUCGGCACCUGCAUUUGGCGAUCGUCGUUGUUACCAGCUUCCUGCCAAUGCUCGUCGUUUGGCCCGUCGUGCCAUCAAGCGUGAUAUGGAAGAAGGCGCUGACUGUAUUAUGGUCAAGCCUGGUAUGCCCUACCUCGAUAUUGUGAGAGAAGCAUCUGAAAUUGCGGCUGAUUACCCAAUUUCUGUAUACCAAGUGUCUGGUGAAUAUGCCAUGUUGUAUCAGUCUGCCAAAGCCGGUGUCUUUGAUCUCAAGUCGAUUGUGCUCGAGUCAAUGACUGGCUUCAUCCGAGCUGGUGCCACACUGAUCUUGACUUACUACACACCUGAAUUAUUGACAUGGUUAGAUGAAGACAGAGAUUAA